GAUGGGGUGUUUGUAGACUAAAUGUUUUAAUCUUGCACAUCUCACCAGAAAGGAAGUUGGAAAAAAUUAGAAACUUUAUCACUAAAUAGUCUUCAGCACUUGGGCUGUCACCUUUAUGAGGGUAUCCAUCAGAACAAGGAGGACUUUUCCUCCUCUCUUCUCAGCCACCUCUAAUCCACCUAAUCCUUAUCAGGAUUCUGAGGACCUGCUGGCACAGAUAUUGCUGCUUCAUUCAGACAAUAAGAAAAUGGACUUGCUUUACACUACGUAGGUAUGUGUAUAGCAUUGUUUGACUGCCUCACUGCAAAGCUGUUACUUUGACCACUUCCGACCUUAGCAUGGCUAAUAACACGGGACCACCAGCUGCAUCAAAUACAACUAUCAAAAUGAUUGCACCUCAAUCUCUACCCAGUCAACUACUCAACAUAAACAACAGUAAUAACAAUGACGAAAAGAAGGAAAAUCAAGAGAAAGGAGCAAAUGAAAAAGACAAGGAAAAAGAAGGAGACAAGCCUAAAGAAUUAUUUGUCAUUAACCCAGCUGGAAACAUAUAUUACAACUGGCUCUUUAUAAUCACAUUGCCUGUCAUGUACAACUGGACCAUGAUUAUUGCCAGGGCAUGCUUUGAAGAGCUACAGCACAACUACAUCCUGUAUUGGGUUUUACUUGACUACACCUCCGACCUCAUCUAUGUGGCUGAUAUGUUCAUCAGGACCAGAACAGGUUUCCUUGAACAAGGCUUGAUGGUCAAAGACGAGAAGCUACUCCGCGACCGCUACGUCAACAGUUUUCAAUUCCAGAUGGACGUUGUCUCCAUGUUACCCACUGAUAUCCUGUAUUUCUUUCUGGGAUUGGACUACCCUGAGAUUCGCGUGAAUAAACUUCUAAGGAUUGGUCGCAUGAUGGAGUUCUUCAAAAGAACGGAGACUAAAACAAAUUACCCCAACAUUUUUCGUAUUGCAAACUUGAUUAUGUACAUCCUCAUUAUUAUCCACUGGAACGCUUGCUUCUACUUCUCAUUUUCCAAAUCGAUUGGUUUUGGGUCAGAUGAAUGGGUUUACCCAGCUCUAGAUGAUCCAGAGGAGCCUGCUUUUGGCCAGCCGAUGAGGAAAUAUGCUUUCAGCCUCUACUGGUCCACAUUAACCCUGACCACAAUCGGAGAAACUCCACCACCAGCCCUCGAUUCCGAAUUUAUCUUCCAUGUGGUGGACUUCUUAGUUGGGGUGCUCAUCUUUGCCACCAUUGUGGGGAAUAUCGCUACCAUGAUCUCCAACAUGAAUGCUGCCCAAGCCCAAUUUCAGGCUCGAAUUGACAACAUUAAACAGUACAUGCAGGUUCGAAAGGUCAGCAAGGAUCUGGAAUUGCGUGUCAUUAAGUGGUUUGACUACCUGUGGAACAAUGGCAAAGCACAGGACGAGCGGGAGGUGUUGCGGUACCUUCCAGAUAAAUUGAAAGCCGAGAUCGCCAUCCAAGUUCACAUGGAGACACUCAAGAAGGUUCGCAUCUUUUCAGACUGUGAGGCAGGACUGCUGAUUGAGCUCGUUCUCAAACUCCGGCCUCAGGUGUUCAGCCCUGGAGACUACAUAUGCAAAAAGGGCGAUAUCGGUCGUGAGAUGUAUAUCAUCAAGGAUGGAAAACUUGCAGUAGUCGCUGAUGAUGGUAUAACUCAAUUUGUUGUGCUGGGAAGCGGAAGCUAUUUUGGUGAGAUCAGUAUCCUAAAUAUCAAGGGGAGCAAAGCAGGCAACAGGCGGACAGCCAACAUCCGCAGCAUUGGAUACUCAGACCUAUUCUGCCUGUCUAAGGAUGACCUGAUGGAGUCACUGACUGAAUACCCGGAUGCUAAAAGCUUGCUGGAAGAGAAGGGCCGACAAAUCCUGAUGAAAGAUGGCUUGAUUGACUUGGACCCAGCUAACAUCAAGCCAGAGGCCAAAGAGCUGGAAGAGAAAGUCAACAGGUUGUACAGCACCAUGGAUCUGAUGCAAGUUAAACUAAAGAAAAUUCUGGAAAAAUACAAGAAAACUGAUAAGACUCUGUGGCAUCGCAUCAAAGACCUGGAGCGUCUGACAGGGGAAGAGGUAGAAGAUGAUGAAGAGGAAGAAACAGAGUUGAAAAAGGAGGAAAUUCAAAUGGAAAAGGAAAAAAUUGAAGAUAAAGUUACAGUAAAAGAGAUCGAUGGAGAGGAAAAGAAAGAAGAGCGAGAAGAGGAAGAAAAGGCUGAAGAGAAGGAUAUGAAAGAAAAAGACAUACAGAAAGAGGAACACGAAGACAAAAAAUAAGUAAAUCCAAAGUCUACACAAAAGAUCUUUGUCUGUGGGUAGAACAUUGAACACAGGUGCAUUCACAUAUUCAGAACAAAACGACAAAAAAUAGCUGGACUUGUAACCAUGGAAACUAAAUUUAGUGUCUAUGAAUGAAGGCAGCAAUUCUACGGGUGCAGCCAAUGAACAGUUUGAGUGAACUGCCGGUAGUCAACAGUAUAUCAAAGACCCUUAAAUUGCACACUUUUGGGCAGUUAAUCUUUAUCAAUGUAUUUAUAGGAGCAAAGCUCAAAACACUGUUGGAAAGAUUUUAUGUACUCAUAUGGGCAAAUGGAACUGAGUGUUCUUCACUGCACUUAAAGGUAUUAAUCAAUAGAAAAGACACACCAAUAGUUUACAAAUCUUCCCCCUGAAAGGUGGAAAAGCGCUAUAUAAGUAUAACACCAUUUACCAUUUACCAUUUCUUUCAGUAGACCUUUAAUGAACAUAAACAAAUCCCCAGAAUAGAAGUGAUGCAACUCUGUGCGAAUAUCCAUCUUUUGUGUUGGUCCCAAGGCUGCAAUGACUAAAUGCCAUCCACGCUUCUCAUCACAAGUUCUAAUCAAAUGGUGUCUGUGUGGAUUGUCAGUCAUCCAGCUCUAAUCCAAUGAUGGACAAAGACAGCCUAAAACAAAAUCAAAACCAUUUGGGAGAGCUGGCCAGAGCUGAAUGGGUACGCAGUGUUGUUUUUGGCAGCCCUUUUAAUUUUCUCUUUUGGACAAAAAUACUUUAUAGUAGGGCUGUCAAAAUUAUCACGUUAACGGGCAGGAAUUAAUUUUUUAAAUUAAUCAUGUUAAAAUAUUUGACGCGUUUAACGCACAUGCCCUGCUCAAACAGAUUAAAAUGACAGCACAGUGUAGUGUCCACUUGUUACCUGUAUUUUUUUGGUGUUUUGUCGCCCUCUGCUGGCGCUUGAGUGCGACUGAUUUUAUGCGUUUCAGCAUAAUGAGCAUUGGGUAAUUAUUGACAUCAACAAUGGCGAGCUACUAGUUUAUUUUUUUAUUGAAAAUUUUACAAAUUUUAUUAAAACGAAAACACUAAGAGGGGUUUUAAUAUAAAAUUUCUAUAACUUAUACUAACAUUCAUCUUUUAAGAAAUACAAGUCUUUCUAUUCAUGGAUCGCUUUAACGGAAUGUUAAUAAUGUUAAUGCCAUCUUGUUGAUUUAUUGUUAUAAUAAACAAACACAGUACUUAUGUACUGUAUGUUGAAUGUCUAUAUCCGUCUUGUGUCUUAUCUUUCCAUUCCAACAAUAAUUUACAGAAAAAUAUGGCAUAUUUUGUAGAUGGUUUGAAUCGUGAUUAAUUACGAUUAGUUAAUUUUUAAGCUGUAAUUAACUCGAUUAAAAAUUUUAAUCAUUUGACAGCCCUACUUUAUAGUGUUCGUCAUAUUUUAGUCAUUUCAAAAUGUGUUCGUCUUCGUCUAGUUUUAGUCGACAAUUCUCAAAUGUUUUCAUUUAUAAACUUACAAAGUUUUAGUCCAUGAAUAAAUAAAUAAAUAAAUAAAUAAAUAAAUAAAUAAAGGUUUCCAACAAUUUCGAAUGAACAUCAACAGAUGAGCUCAUAAUGGCGUACCGCACGCAGGCUAUUUUUAGACCGUGACGUCGCAUCGUAAAGCGGAAGUAAACCCGAAGUGGGACAUUAUAGACCCGCCCUCGCAUAGACACAAUGCAAUUAGUGCUACUUUUCGCCGGUAAUCUUUCGAAAACGAACAUGCCGAUCACGCAUUGCUUUUUUGGAACGUGUAGAAACGACUCUAGACAUUACAACCAUGAAGGAUGUUUUCUUCAUACGUUUCCGGAAACCAAAAACUCGGGAGGAAAAAAUGUGAAGACCGAAUCAACUUGCGCGGACUUUAACACCAGCUCGGCGAAUCCAUUCACGUUUCGUAAGCAGUAAACAUUAUGUUGGGUUGACAUGGUCUUUCAGAGGACAAAGAGGUAAGCCAUUUUUAUAUUUUUAACUUAUUUUUUUUUAGCGUAACGUUGUGCCGUACUGCUUCUGUCUGACACUGAAUGACCCGAAAAGAAUUACAAUGGUAUCUGACUGCCACUGUUACCGUUUCUGUUAUAUAUAUAUAUAAAAAACAACUUUAGUAAGGCGGAAGUGUAAAUACAUUAUAGGAUUAAGAUGUGUGAAAAAAUUAAAAGUGUUCGUUGGCCGUCACUGAGUAGCAUUUGCGAUCGCUACACAAAGCUAACUAAAUUACCCCCAAGAGCGGUAAGAGACGUAGAACAACUAGAGGAUAUAUAAGAAAGGCAGGGCUGAUGGUAAAGGAUAGCUUGUUGAAACAGGAGAAUGUCACUGUCAGUCGCGUCGAUAAAAAAGUUAAAAGUUAGAUCGGCUCGUUUUUUUCGUCUUUUUCAGCCUUCGACACUAAAGCCAUCUCUUUAACUGAACAUUUUUAUGUUCUUCAACAUCUUUGCCAGUCAAUUUGGCACCAGGCACAUCAUUUUCAGAGAGAAUUGGUAGGUUUGGCUCUGUAAACAUCUCCUUCGUACAUGAUUUCCAUUCAUUUCCUAUUAGGGACAAACGGUGGCUUGUCCUUACUUAGCAACAGUAGCUAAUGUCAUGAAUAUUAAUGAGCGGAAGUGACGUGUUGCUUGCGGUACGCCAUUGUAGAUUCUACAGGGACAGCAACAUCUUCAUGAUAAUAAUAAACACUCAGAAGGAAAACAGCACAUUAUUUGCAAAUACAUUAACUCGCCUGGGCGACAUGGAGUGUAUGUACAGUGUAUUACAAAAGUACACCCCUCGCAUUUCUGCAGAUAUUUAAGUAUACCUUUUCAGGGGACAAC